CAUUGGCUUUCUCACCAAAACCAAAGAUAAAACCAAAGUCUUCCUAUCCAAAUAUUGCCAAGAAAGUUAGAAAGUAACAAAAAAAUAUGGCCUACUCGAAGGCUUUACUCCUUGGUUUCCUCUUAGCGAUAACACUACUCAUUUCUUCUGAGGUGUCAGCUCGUAUGCUUGCUGAGACUACUACUCAAAACACUCCGUCCGAGAAGGAGUCCAAGUAUUACCAUGGCGGUGGUGACUAUUACCAUGGAGGAGGUGGCUAUCACGGAGGAGGUGGCUACCACGGCGGUGGUGGAUACCAUGGAGGUGGUGGCUACCACGGUGGGGGUGGAUAUCACCAUGGCGGACAUGGUGGUUAUUACCCACCCUCUGAGGAAAAUGUAGAGGACUCAAAAUUCCAUCACUUUGGUGGUGGUGGCUAUCACGGAGGAGGUGGCUAUCAUGGAGGAGGUGGGUAUCACGGUGGAGGAUACUACCACGGUGGACACGGUGGCCAUUACCCACCCCAAGAAAAGGAUACCAAGACAGCCGAAGAGCAGAAGGGUAAUUGAUUUGUGUUAUAUGUAUACCCGAUGCAAGUGAAAAAAAAAAUACAUGACUAGCUACAUUAUAUGCAUGGGGUUGUCAUGUUCAUGAAUAAUACUACUACACAUAAAUCCUAGGAACUACAUGCCUACAUGGGUGGUUGUUUCUUGCAUCUUUUAUUUUGUAAUCACUCUUAUCUAUCCAAUAUAUGUACUCGUUCCUUAAAGUUUACAUGUAACAAAUCAGUGUACGUAUACUUGUUUAAUUUUAAGUUAUAUUUGCUAUA